AUGGGGGGCGCCCCCCCCCUCCCCAUCGCCUUUCAUCCUCCCUUUCAUCUCCGGUCGCCAUGGCAACCCCCAGUGGUCCAGCGGUUGCCAUGGCGCCAGGGAUGCUCAGGGCCUUACCCCCGCCCCAUCAAAGGGUCCUGCCCCACAGCUCCCCCCCUCCUGCACCCCGGGGGGGUGGGACCUGUCUGGGUGUCCCCACACCGCCCUCAGCCCCACUGCUGCGCCAUGGCCAUCACAGAGGAGCCGGGUACCGGGUGCCUGUGCCGCGUGGCGCUGGCCGAGGCCGUGGCCUCUCUGCUCUUGGUGGCGCUGGUGCUGGGCUCCUCGGCAGCCCCCGGAGCCGUGGCCCCGGCGCUGGGGGGGGGCCUGGCGGCCGCCGCGCUCGGCAGCACCCCCGGGGCCCCCCAGGCCAACCCCGCGCUCACCCUGGCCCUGCUCGGCACCCGCAGGCUGGGUGCGGGGCGCGCGGCCCUGCUGCUGCUGGCCCAGUGCUGCGGGGCGCUGCUGGCGGCGGCCGCUGCGACCCUGGCCCUGCCCCAGGGCACCGGCAUCGUCCCCAGGGUGAGCCCUCAGGUCACACCAGGACAGGCCCUGGUCUGGGAGGCCUUGGCCACCAUCCCCUUGGCUUUGGCCACCUUCGCCUCCUCCUCCCGGGCCCCCCCCCAUGGCGGGGGUCCCCUGGUCCUGGGCAGCGCCGUGGCCGCCGGUGCCUUGGCUGCGGGCCCGGUCUCGGGGGGCAGCUUGAACCCCGCGCGCUCACUGGGGCCGGCGCUCGUCACCGGGGUCUGGGACCAUCAUUGGGUGUACUGGCUGGGGCCGGUGCUGGGCUCGCUGCUGGCCGGGUUCCUCCAUGACUUCCUCCUGGCUCCCUGCGCACCCCGGGACCAGCUCCGCUCCUGCCUGCUCUGCAGGGCCGUGGCCACCGGCCCGGCCCCCUCCUCGCCCCCCGCCCGCAGCCCCACAACCCCAUAG